GUGAGUGUCUCACCGCCAUAUUCUGUCUUUCUUCACAUUCCGAGGGAGUUUGUGAGUUUAUAAUAUUAAUUGAUUGUUAGUUUGUGUGAAAUCUGGUUGAGGUCGAAGGAAGGGCAUGGCGACGGCGGUUGUGAUUGGGGGCGGCGGGUCUUCUUCUUCUUCUUCUUCUUCUUCUUCUUCUUCUUCUUCUUCUUCGAAGUCGAGGAGAAGGCAAAUUUGGUACUCUCAGCCGCUGACUCCGUUGAUGGAAGGGCCGGAUCCGCAGUUCCAAGACCAAGAAGCCAACAAGAAAGACUCCUCCGCUUUCAACUGGGAAUUCCUCCGCGACUGGUUCAAGAUCCAGCGCAACCUCCCGCCCUCUCUCCCCCCAUCCUCCUUCACCAACGUUCCCAAUUCCAAGACCCAAGAUUUGAAGCUUUUGCUCGGCGUUCUCGCAUGCCCUCUCGCUCCCAUUCCUCUCCACUCCCAUUCCAAUUCCCCUCCACAAUCCCAUUUCCCACGCGAUACUCCUCUUGAAACUUCCGUGGCUCAUUAUAUCAUUCAGCAAUACUUGGCCGCCACCGGAUGUCUCAAACAGCAGAAGUGCGCCAAGAACAUGUACACCACGGGAAGCGUGAAGAUGAUUCGCUGCGAAACAGAGGUUUCCUCAGGUAAAUCUGUGAAGACGGUAGGGACAAGAUGCGAGGACACCGGCUGCUUUGUUCUUUGGCAAAUGCUACCGGGUAUGUGGUCCCUCGAAUUGGUAGUCGGUGGCAGUAAGGUGGUGGCCGGCAGCGACGGCAACACCGUCUGGCGCCACACUCCCUGGCUCGGCACUCAUGCCGCCAAAGGCCCCCAACGACCCCUCCGUCGCAUUAUUCAGGGGCUUGACCCAAAGGGAACAGCGAGACUGUUCGAGAAGGCCCAAUGCCUGGGAGAGAAGCGGAUCGGGGAAGACGAGUGCUUUGUGCUGAAGGUGUCGGCGGAGCGGGAGGCAGUGAUGGAGCGGAACGAGGGGCCUGCGGAGGUGAUAAGGCACGUGCUGUACGGCUACUUCUGCCAGAAGAGCGGAGUGCUGGUGUACCUGGAGGACUCCCACCUGACCAGGGUUCAGACGGAAGGCGACGCUGUGUACUGGGAAACCACCAUCGGAAGCAGCAUCGGGGACUACAGGGACGUGGACGGGGUCCUCAUCGCUCAUCGGGGCAGGUCCAUAGCCACUGUCUUCAAGUUUGGGGAAAUGUCCACACAAUUUAGCAGGACCCGUAUGGAAGAGGUUUGGAGUAUUGACGACGUGAUGUUCAACGUGGCUGGCCUUAGCAUCGACUACUUUCUUCCUCCCGCUGAUAUUUGUGAUACCCUUCACUCUCACUCCUCCCAUUCUCCAUGACUUCACUGUAUAAGUACUAAGUACUUCAUAACGCUUCCUAAUUACUUCACUGUAUACACCAUCAUCCACAACAACUUCUACUUCCUGCUCUUCAUCCCUCA